AUGUCCAACAACAGCUCUGUGAGUGAAUUCCUCCUGCUGGAAUUCGCAGACAUGCGGGAGCUGCAGCUCCUGCACUUCGCGCUCUUCCUGGGCAUCUACCUGGCUGCCCUCCUGGGCAACAGCCUCAUCCUCAGCGCCGUAGCCUGCCACCACCGCCUCCACACCCCCAUGUACUUCUUCCUCCUCAACCUCGCCCUCCUCGACCUGGGAUGCAUCUCCACCAUUCUGCCCAAAGCCAUGGCCAAUGCUCUCUGGGACACCAAGACCAUCUCAUAUCAAGGAUGUGUUGCACAAGUCCUUUUCAUAGUCUUCUUUUUUGAUGCAGAGUAUUCCCUUCUCACUGUCAUGGCCUACGACCACUACGUUGCCAUCUGCAAGCCCCUGCACUACGGGAGCCUCCUGGGCAGCAGAGCUUGUGCCCAGAUGGCAGCAGCUGCCUGGGGCAGUGGCUUUCUCAAUGCUGUCCUGCACACGGCCAAUACAUUUUCCCUGCCGCUCUGCCAAGGCAAUGCUGUGGAGCAGUUCUUCUGUGAAAUUCCCCACAUCCUCAAGCUCUCCUGCUCAGAUGCCUACCUCAAAGAACUUGAGCUACUUGUUUUCAGUUUUUCCUUAGUCUUUGGUUGUUUUGUUUUCAUUGUGGUGUCCUAUGUACAGAUUUUAAGGGCAGUGCUAAGGAUGCCCUCUGAGCAGGGCCGGCACAAAGCCUUUUCCACGUGCCUCCCUCACCUGGCUGUGGUCUCCCUGUUUCUUAGCACUGGCAUAUUUGCCUACCUGAAGCCUCCCUCCAUUUCUUCCCCAUCCCUGGAUCUGGUGGUGGCUUUUCUAUACUCAGUGUUGCCUCCAGCAGUGAACCCCCUCAUUUACAGCAUGAGGAACACGGAGAUCAAGCAUGCAGUGAGGAAACUAUUUGAAUACAUCUUUCUUCAGCAGAAAUAA